AUGGAGAAUUAUCUAUUAAGUUCGCCUACUCAACUUUCUCAACCUUAUGAUUAUGAUGAGAAUUUUGACUUCUUGCAAAACUUAUACCAGCCAAUAGACCCCCUGGCUCAACUACAACAACUCCAGUCACAACAGCAGCAUUCGCAACAACAGUUUCAACAACUUUAUCAGCAUCAUCAACAACAGAUUUAUCAGGACCAGCAACAGCAACUACAACAACUACUGGUGCCACAACAAUUUCAGUUUCCUCCACAGCAUUUUGAAGAGCCACCUUCUCAGAAACAACAAGAGCAACAACAGCAUCAACAACAGGAUGAUGUUUCCCUGCAAAUCCAGCUGCAACAGUUAGUACAAUUACCAGAAGAUUCUGACCAACUUCAGGAUCCAUAUUUGGAAAACGAGGAAUGGACUUUCCCCAAAUCUAGAUCGCUAAAUUUUGAUUCGAUAAAUAAAUCAUUAUUAGCAACUCCUUCAACAUUCAUGCAUAAAUCCUCAAACUCUGUUACUUCCAUAACAUAUGAACCACCAUCGUCAUUCAAUUCACCAAUUACCCCUAGUAGAAAUAGAUCAUUGUCUUACACAAGAGUAUCCAAGACACCAAAGACCCCAACUCCUAGAAUUUCAAGAUCAAUCUCAAAAAUUUCACUUGAUCAAUUUAUUCAAACCCAUGCAUCAGGAAACACCACUAGUCCUAAGAUCGAUCUUCUCAGCCCAUCAAACUACACAAACUCAGCAGCUACACCUUUGAUCAAACCAAGAAAACCAGUCAUGAGUCAAAAUUCAUUCCCACUUUCAAUACAACCUCCAAUGGAAGACUUAAGGGAAGCACCACCUCCACUUUCACUGAUUCUUCCUACACCAAAUAGAGACAUUCAACCUGGAUUACCUAUUAAACAAGAAUCACCAUCAACAAUAUCGUCCUUAAAUGCAGUCGCAACAGCAGCAGCAUCGGCAACAGCAACAAAGAAGAAGACAAGUACUUCGAGAGCAAUAAAGAAAUCACCGUCACUUUCACCACUGUAUUCAGAACCAGUACCAAAUCUGGCUGCUUCGACUGCUCCUACAACAACUUUUGCUACAACAACUUCCACAUCUGCCGCGACUUCUGUUACAGGAUCUCCUCCCGAACCUACAACAAUUCCAAUUCCAAGCAAUAUGGUGAUCACCAAGAAUAGAGUAAGAAAUAAUCGAUCAACUCAAUCAAGAGAAGAUAAAAAUAAGAAAUAUUCGUGCCCUAUUUGUGAUGGUCGAUUUAUGCGCCCAGAACAUGUGAAGAGACACCUUAGAUCUCAUACGCUGGAAAAACCGUUUGAAUGUGAACAAUGUCAAAAGACAUUCAACCGUAAGGACAACUUGAAAGCUCAUAUAAAGAAGAUACAUAAGAUCAUAUAG